UUGACUGUAUAUUAUAAAAUUGCGAUGACCUAACUCGAGCCGCGCCCUCACAAACACGCGGUGCAUCAUCCUAUUAUCGGCACGCGCUCUCGUCUUCCAGCGCAUUGUUGUGCCGUCUGCCGAGUUGGAAUUAUUUGUUUACAAAAUAUUUUAAUUGCAGGGACUAGUCCAAAAAUGAGAACGUUUUGGAAGGUUCUGUAUAUUUCAGCGUGUUGUAUUAUGUGUGUUACAGGACAUCCAACAGUUCAGCUAACAGUUACGUCUCGUGGCAGAUCUGUUGAAAGCAGACCGGAAGUGUCCACCAAGCAAGAUGGUCUUGAUGCAGUACAAUUUAACAUCCCCGAAGAAGUAAUUGAGAGAAUGUUACCCUAUGAAGCGGAAGAGGCCAUUGUUACAAGAGAACGAAUGGACGUGUCGAAAUGGGGACAGGAUCUGCCUAAAAUCAAGACUGACCGUGAAAACAAAAAACACGAGAAAUCAACCACAGAGACUAAGUCAAUUAAGCGGAGAAGAAAAGGAAAACGGUUCAAAGAUUCCAAGAGCUUACAGUACGCCAAGGUUAAACAUGGACAUGGUAAACGAGGACACAGACACAGAGAUUUGAAAAAGAGGAACAAGAAGUUCCGAGAGAAAUCGGUUAACUGAGGUCCAGUUUACAAUUACGUAUUUUUUUAUCAAGUAAAGAUGCAUGGAUAUAUCUUUAAGAAUUACAUGCGUGUUUUGUUUACCAGGCGCUUUCAUAUACGUUGAUCAGUGACCCAGUCCCGUAUCGCGGAAGUCAGCGGUGCCUAUUUGGUUAAGUCACAGACACUAGUUUCAACAUGUAAAAAUGGACACUAAGUUUAGUUAGUCCACAAACCUGUAACACAUUUGGAUAAAGUUACAAUAGAGUGAAACAGGAGUCUGUAACGUUGAAACGGGUAGAUACCCUUUAAACAUAAGACUAGAGCGUGUCUUCAUAACUGUUACUUCUCAGACGCACGUGCGUUUUAAAAAAACAUGAUUGUAAUUAAUGAAAAAUGUAUUUUGUGGUAUUAGAAACACCAGGGUGACCAGAAACACUUCGUAUGUACGGAAAUGACUAUUCUGUACAAUCAAAUACAUGUAUAAGUAAUGUUUGAUUUCAGUGAUAAAAAACGGCUCUAAUAAAGAAAAAUGUGCCAUAGUGUUUUAAAACUAGGGUCUGUCAGUUUAAAAUACCGAAAAGCCGUGAAAAUUAGAAACAUGUUGCUAGUUAACAGCUGUUUAAAAAAAAGGAAUGGAAUAGUGUUUAACCACACCUCUAGGAAACAGAUAGCUAUUCCAAUCGCAUAGCAGCAAGGGUCUUAUGUGUGCACUUUCCCAGACAAAAUGGUACAUAAUACGGUUCUUGAUAUGCCAGUCGUGAAGCACUGGUUGGAAUGGAGGGGGGUGGGGGUGAAGGGACACGAUGUCAUGGGUUCACAGAGGAGAACCGAUAGUAUUUGAGGGGAGCGUUCUACAACUACUAGGUGUCUAAUAUAAAUAUAUUUGGUAAUUGCUACACUAAUCUUCGUCUGGAGUAUGCUAGACAAAAUAGGUUAUAUUACCGCCAAGCAGAAUAUAUAUAUAUAUAUAUAUAUAUAUAUAUAUAUAUAUAUAUAUAUAUAUAUAUAUAUAUAUAGCGCCUCGUAACCCCCCUCCCCAACAACAAUAACACCUUACAACCAUGAGUUAUUUAUGCAAAGAUUAUGUGUGGGAUCAGUUAAUUUGUAGUUAUUUAUUACUAAUAAAAAUAGCGAAAUGCGGCACUUGUAACUAUGACCUAGCACCUUUAAAUACAAUUUCUCCAGCAGACGACUUUUGAUAAGCACUGAUUGGGAUAGGAAAAUUGGGUGUCAUGCAGUAUCGUGGAUGACAUAAUUGCGAUGUUAACUGCUAGGUAGGCCCUAAAGCAAAGAGAAUAUUGCUUAUCCUAAAACAAAUAUACCCGCCAUUAAUUAUUAUGUAAAUCUUUGUUUUUGUUUGUUUCGGUGUUGUUGUUUUUUAAAUCUCCGAUAUUGGCAUAUAAUUCCUUCAAUAUUCUUGACUACUGGCCUGUUAUAUAAAAGUUUUCAAAUAUGUUGUAUUUUUAUGUUUACAAGUGUUGUUGAUAUACAUGUAUGUGUCUGUAUGUGCAUUUAGCUGUUCCGUAAAUAUGUGACAAUGCUCAUCGUAUGAAGUGUAUAAUAAAGAAUGCAUACCAAUAA